UAGAAUUCAAGAAGAUACAGACAGGCUGGUGAAAAGGGCAGACAAGUGGCAGAUGAAAUUUAAUGCAGAAAAAUGUAUUAUUUUUGGUACAGAGAAGAGACAAUAUAAACUAGAUGGAACAAUUCAUAAAAGAAGAGAUCUGCCAAUACAUGUCCAUAACUCACCGAAAGGAGCAAGGUGGGUUGAGAAAAUGAUUAAACAAGGAUAUGGGACCCCAAGCUUUAUAAAUAGAGGCAUAAACAGCAAUAACAAUAAAGUUACAAUGAGUUUUUAUUUUUAAAAAAAUGGCUCAGUUUCAACUGGCCUACUACAUCCAGUUCUGAGUAUCACACUUUAGGGAAGAUGUAAAGAUUGCACAAGAUAUUUACCAAAAUGAUUCCAAGGAAAAGGGACUUUAGUUAUGUGGAUUGACUGGAUAAGCUUGGGAUUCUUGUUCUUCCUCAUUUUCUUGGAGCAGAAGUUACAAGGGACCAGACAGAGGUACUCACAAUCACAAAGGGUAUUGACCAGGUAGAUAGACAGAAACUGUUAUCAUUGAAGGUAUGGUCAAAAACCACAGUGUAAAGAACAGUGAUUGUCAAGAAAAUCAAAAGUGAGGAUUUUUUUAAAGAAAACACAGUGACCGUUUAAAGUGAACUGCUAGAGUCAGUUGUGGAAGCACCUUCAAUUGCAACAUUCAAAAGGGAACUGGAUAAGCAUCCAAAAGAACGUGCAGGGCUAUGGAAAGAGGGCCAGCUGGAUUGCUCUUACAUAAAGACUGCAGAUCCUCGAAUCUGGAGCAACAAACAAGGUGCUCAGUAGGUCGGGGAACAUUUGUGGAGGGAAAUGGGUCAGUCAACCUUUUGGGUCAAGAUGCUUCAUCUGCAACCUCAAUCAUGCUGUAAACAUUCUACAAUAUAAUGUAGCACAGAAACAGGCCCUUUGGCCCAACUCAUCUGUGCCAACCAUACUGCCCACCAAACUUGUCCGAUUUGCCUGCAUUUAGCCCAUAUCCCCCUAAACCCCUCCUAUACAUGCACUUAUCCAAAUGUCUUUUGAAAGUUAUCACAAACAAUUAUGGUCCAGAUUUCACUGCCUUUAAUAAUAAUGAAAACAGAAUCAAUCUACUAACUUCCAAAAGGAAAUUGGAUCAAUAUUUGAGAAAAAAAUAAUGUGCAGAACCUUGGCAGGAAAAUGUCAAUCAGACUCAAUGGACCAAGUGACCUCCUGAGCCAAAACGAUUGUACGAUUCCAUGACUUCAAACCUACUUCAUUGUCAGGAAGGCGCUUUGAGGCAUUUUGAAACCCUGUUAUACAUUCUUCCUUUCUGCGGUCGUCAUGUUUUGCCAUCUCUAGGUUUUGCUUCCGCCUCUUUUCUCAGGACAUCCCAUUCCACAGCGUCCUCAACAACAAUCUUAUUUCAGUCACUCCAGUGGAGGGAGCAGGGCGUGACCUUGCCUCAGCCGCCAAGAAUAAAGAUUGACCAAUCAGCGAAGCGUCACCAGUAGGAACACAUCCAGCCUGCACCAGUUUUGUUUUUUCUUAACUGCACACCCUAGCACAGUAAAUCUGGAAGAUACACGGAAUAAUUAGAAAAUGGAUCUUGUUCAUUGAAUUUAAAAUACCCCAACAUGAAGCCUUUGAAGGGGAGGUGUGACGCCAUCGCGUCGUCUCGGCGAGUGGAGGCAGGCGGGUCGAGAGGAAUCAAUAAGCGAUUGAUGGCUCAGCUCCCCAAUCAGUGCUGAGAACCGCACGUCAGUUCGCGUCGGACGUCGAGCUUGAUUGGAAGAGGGCGUAUUCCCAAUUGGAUAGAGCCAAUGGGAUUCAACGUCCCGUCAAUAAGGGGCGUGGCUAUGGACCUUCCGACGAUGGAGUGAAAGAACAAAAGAAUUAAUUCAGGGGCGCUGGCGCUUUUAUAGAAAGAAAAAUAUUUUUUUAAAAGUAGAGGUUUAUUAUUUAAUGAGGAAAAUAUUUAAUGAUAAUCUUGUCCUGUUAAUGUUAUACAAUGCCGAGUAGUACAGUGUUUACAGACAUGGAGCGGGACGAUGGCGACUCCAGGCCGCUCCACAUCGCCAUGGAGCAGCUCACCGUGUUCGGCCUCGAAGACUCGCCGCCUCCUCUCGCUCCUCUCGCUCAGCAUCGCCGGGGCCUGGAGGCCGAAACUCCACCUUCGCCACCGCCUUCAGCUGCCGCUGCCGGCGGAGCUCCGGUGGCUGUGGCCGGCUCGCUCCUCCUGCAGGGCUCGGUGACGGGCAGUCCGCAAGGAGCGGCUCCUUGUCCGUGCCCUGCCGCUCCCGGCGGCCUGCCCCUCGUCUCCUCCGUCCUGGCUCUGUUCGAGGCCGAGCAGAUCCAGCAGCAGCAGCCCAGAAAAAAGAGCGUCAACAUGACCGAGUGUGUGCCGGUGCCCAGCUCCGAGCACGUCGCCGAGAUCGUGGGCAGGCAGGGUUGCAAAAUCAAGGCAUUGAGAGCAAAAACCAACACUUACAUCAAAACUCCAGUUAGAGGAGAGGAGCCCAUUUUCGUUGUCACUGGGAGAAAGGAAGAUGUGGCAAUGGCUAAAAGGGAGAUAAUUUCAGCAGCAGAACACUUCUCAAUGAUACGAGCAUCUCGAAACAAAAAUGGAGCAGUACCUGGGGCUCCAUCUGGAAUACCUGGCCUCGCUGUACCUGGCACCCCUAAUCUGCCUGGGCAAACCACCAUUCAGGUACGAGUGCCCUACCGAGUGGUGGGUUUGGUGGUAGGGCCCAAGGGAGCCACAAUUAAGCGAAUCCAGCAGCAAACCCAUACAUACAUAGUCACUCCCAGUCGUGACAAGGAGCCAGUGUUUGAAGUGACAGGCAUGCCUGAAAAUGUUGACCGAGCCAGGGAAGAGAUAGAAGCACAUAUUGCUGUUCGUACUGGCAAUUACAUUGAAAUCAAUGAAGAAAAUGACUUCCACUCAAAUGGAACAGAUGUGAGUUUUGAUAGCAGUGGGUUCGAAUCCACAUGGGGGAAGAUGAACUCUGUUCCUACUACCCGCAAUAGACUUCUCUCCAGCUACAGGAAUGACAGCUCAAGCUCCCUUGGGAGUGGAUCAACUGAUUCCUAUUUUGGAAAUAACCAGGUGGCUGACUUCAGCCCAACGAGUCCAUUCAGUGCAGGUGGUUUCUGGUUUGGAGAGUCUGUUGCGACCAUGAGUUCUGAUGAUUUGGGGUUUGAAUCUCCUGCUUUCGACCAGCUUCCAGCCACACCUCAGUCUGUGAUCUGGUGUCCAUUUGAACAGGGAAAUCCUAUUGGCAUCGGUAAUGAAUCAGCUACUGGUGCAAUAACCCAUGAUAGCCAACCAACUACCCCCCGCCUUUCACCAACCUUUAUGGAAAACAUAGAGAUCCACCUUGCCAGGAGGCCUUGCAGUGAUCCCUUGAACAUGGCCAGUCAAGUUGGGCUUCCAGUAUACAUCUCUGCCUUCUCCAAUGGUACAAGCUACUCCUCCUCCAAUAGCAGCACCACAUCCGGUUCACCUACUGACUCCUCUGGCUCUGGAAUGGCCCGGGGGAAACGCGAUUGUGUGGUCUGCUUUGAAAGUGAAGUGAUUGCAGCCCUGGUACCAUGUGGGCACAACCAUUUCUGUAUGGAGUGUGCCAACAGAAUCUGCGACAAGGAAGAGCCAGUGUGUCCAGUGUGCAACACACGUGUUACUCAGGCUAUUCGCAUCUACUCAAUGGACCAAUUGGUAGGGUGAUGAAUGGGCAAGGAAGGGAAAGUAAACAUUGGUACUUGUCUGAAAACUUCCUAAUGCUAAAACAUGACUGUUAUGUAGUUGGAUUCGUAGGAUUAGACUAUGGGUUUUCUGUAAAUUUAAAUAAGUUGGGUAAUUUUUGAUGGGGAAACUUGUUUCAUGGAUCACAAUACAAGAUGGGUCAGCUUGAGUAUAAAUGCUUUGAAAAUGUUCUUCUAACCAAUGUGAAAGUGGUCUUGAGGUGUUUAUGUUAGUAUUUAAGUUGUGCCACUUUCUUUUAUCUUGGGUGUAUUCUGGAUAUACAGCCUCAAGUCUAGUUAAAAGUCUCUGCCAAGUUAGCUGAUCUCUACCAUUGCUAAAACUGAUUUCAGUGCUCUUUAGUUAUUCCUACUGGAAAUAUCUAGUUGAGAAAACAAUUUGUUUAUUAUUUUGAAACCCUCUGACAGUUGUCUUAUUUUUAACUUUCCUUUUCCUUCCCGCAGUUGUUGGUUCAAACUUGGAUAAGGUAUUGGAGUACUGCAAGCACCUAUGGAACCCUAGCACAGUAAAGAAUUUAAGGAGAGGAAUACAAAUUGGGGUUGGGAUCAAAGCGUAGAAAUAUGAUGGAUGUGAAACUGCAGUGUCAAAUUAGUUGGACCCAGGGGAAAAUAGAAGAUUUAUUGUUCUGUGGGUAUGGAAGAUCUGGCAGUUAGUGAAUUGUUGCAGGUAGUUUUUCUGCCUUGCCUCAAACUCUCAAAUACAAUUUCAUUAACAUUUUAAAAAUGUUGAAUAUUGUCUGCUAGUAAAAGAAAUUAGUCAUUAUAUAUUUGAGAACUACAUUAAGCCAUUAGCGUAUGUGUCCUGCACAUACCAUUUGUCUUUAACGAAAGACAGACCAACUUAGUGAUGCACAAAUGUUUGCUGAUCAGUUUGAAUUACAUACUGAAAUAGUUGGGGCAGUGGGGAGGAAAAGCAGUGUUUUCUAGUGGGGUGUGAUUUGGGUGUAGUGAUGGUAAGUGAAGGACUCUGCUCUUUUUGGGUUUUGAUCGUCAGCCAGUUGGCAAGUAAUCUGAACCCAGGCUGCUGGAUGGGAUGUCAUUGCUUUUCGAGUGAGACUUGAGAUUCCUUAGCUCAUUCCCUGUGGGGAAGUACUUGGCUAAUGAACAGUUAAGUGAUUAUUUUUUUAAAUAUUAUACAUAAACAUAGAUGAUGGAUUAUGGACUGAGUCUUACUACUCAAAGAGCUGCAAAUCCCUGCCAUUGAAGAUUUUAAAACAUUCAGUAAUCUUGUAGGUACUAGUCCAGAAGUGACUAGUAUUUGCUUCUAACCAAAAACUAUCCCCAUACCUUGCAGGUGACUCCAGUAACUUUUUUUCCCUAAAUAAUACUUUCUCUGAACACCAUGAUUUAUUUCAUUUCCUUUGCUUUUCUAAACUAGCCAAUAUUGAGCAGUAACCACCUUCCUUCCCUUAAGAACAGUUUAGUCAGCUGUUCAAAGCUUUUUUUUCCAUUGUUUAUGGGAUGUGGGCAUUACUAGCAAGGCUCUUAAUGCCCUGAGAAAUUGGAAGUGGACUACCUUGAACUGCAAUCCUUCUGGCAAAGAUAUUCCCAUAAUCCUGUUUGAUUGGGUGUUCCAGUAUUUGGAUCCUAUGAAGAAGGAAUGACAAUGUAUUUACAAAUUAUGUUGGGAAACCCCCCCCCCCUUUUUGAGGGGAAGACUCUUAAUGACUAUCAUUGUUGGAUUAGGAUUUGUAACUAACAAAUGAAGGGAAUCCAAACUACAGUGCAAUUAUUGUUUAUACCACAUUGACCCAUGUGCCCAUCUUGUAGCACUUCAGGAUUUGCUUAUUUUAAGGAAUGAACUACUUUGGGAUAUGUGAAUUUAUUUUUUUGCAGAUUUUAUUUCUGUUCCCUAAUUUUGACAAGACUAUGGACAAUUCACUACCAUGAUUGAGCCAUGUUAUCCAAAAGCUUGAGUUUACAGCACUGAUGGUAACAGAACUGUCCAGUGAAUCUGGAGGUCUGAGUUUCCUAUAUCUUCAUAUCUUAGAUAGCUUAGGAGGCAGUGAUGAAAACACUAUCGUUGUAGCUGGCUGAUUAAGUUUUAAUUGAGUUUUUUUUUGCCAUGGUAUUUGUAGUUCCAUUCCCACUGCUGGUUGUAUAGUAGCUCUACCAAUGGGGGAGGAGGCUGGUUAAUUGGACCAAUUUGUUUUAGUUACAUUUUGGCCAGGCUGGUUUUUAUCAUAUAAUCUUGUGUAAAAGUUUCAUUGAUUUUUAUCUGAGUUCUUCAGAAUGACUGGGAAUUUUUAUUUUCACAUUUUUUUCAUGUUAAUAUGUUAAUUGCUGAUUCUGGAGUUAGAUAACUGCUGAAAUUGUUUUGGUUUGGAUGCACUUGUACCUACUUAUUAUGAUCACAGAGAUGCUGGAUUUGAAGUGAGUGAAAGGUAUUAACAGGACCAAGAUGUAACAUGAAUUGAGCCACACAUCUUCACACAUUUUAAUGAUUUUUGGGGGCAAUAGUAUGAUUUUAGUUGCAGCUUUUUUUGCAGAUUGAUGAAAUCUGUUUGAAACAGACCAAUGAUCCCUACAACUUCUUUCAUUUUUCUCUAAAUAUACAUAAACUGUCAGUAGGUUGGAAAAUCACUGUCCCAUAUAAUUUUUGAAGAAAAUGGCCAAGAGUGAUCUGCAUCAUUGAUUUGCAGCCAGCCUGAUGUUUUUUCUUUUGAUAGCCAGUUUUUCUUUAGGGCACCUAUCUGGAGGCACAAUUGCUGAAAUUUUCCAUUUGUAAAUUUCUUGGAAGCAGAACUUUCAGUAGACAUCAAUUUAGCUUUCUUACAACUGAUAAAUCCUAAGACUGAUUGACAGAUUUUGCAUUUGGAGUUUAUGGUCAAUGACAGUUUUAACAGGCAGUACAUGGAGAAAUAAUUUGCGGCCUAAUUUGUAACUAAUCAAAAUGUGCAUUGUUAUUCUAAGUAUCUCUGGAAAAUUCCAAGAUACCAUCAAAUAUCCACAAUUGUUUGACUUCUGUGGUGUUACCCACUCAAUGUUUUUAUCAAAUCCUACCCUGUUAAGGAUGGGAGCUGUGUAUAGAGAUGGAAAUUUGUGAGUUUUAAAAUGACAGCACAUCAACUAAACAGUUUAAACCAUGGGAGGCCCCAAGAAAAAAGUUCUCACUGAACUCUGAUUAGAGCUGCCUGCAGCAGAAAUUCAGCAUUGUUAAUUUUUAAAUAGCAUUCCAGUUUUUCAUCCUUAAGAAAAGAUUACUAAUCUUUUUUCAGUUCUUACAAUAUACGCUCUAAGAUUUUAUAAGCAUAAAUGCUGUUUCCAAUUUCAGAGUGAUAGAACAAUUUUUUUAACCAGACAGUUAUGUAAACUAAAGCAAACUGCAUGCUUGCAUUUCCCACUCCGGCCUUGUAUAGUCUCAAUGCAAGUGUCUUGCAAAACUCCUUGUGAUGCAUUAUAUACUGUCUGUUAAAUAUGAUUUGCCAUUGGGUACAUUUUUGUGGUAAGUUUUAUAACCAGUUCCUCUUCCCUCCCAACACAAAAUAGAACUUUCCGAGGCUAGUAAUGAUUCACACUUCUGGGCAAUUUUCCUCCAAUUUAUGAAUCUGCACAUUCAUCAUAAUGAUGACAGAUUUGUCUCAUGGGGUAAUUAGCUGGAGAUGCCUGUCUAUUAAUUCCGCGCUCUCGCUCCCAACUUUCUGUUAAAACGUGAUGAUCAUUAAAAUGUGACUGUCUUUUCAACCAACACAACUUAGAUUGUUAAAGUUGGCAAGUGAAAGGCUUAGUUUCUAGUACUAAAUAUAAUUAUUACACUGUUAUGAAUUAUGUGGCCUGGUGCUUGAGUCCUAAUCAGAGGUUUGGAAGUUUUGCCCUAGAACUGUAUUCGCUAUACGUUGGAGGAGCUUCCAUUUGUCAAACAGGUUUGUAGUUUAAAUGCAACAUGGAAGUGAUAUAGAUCUCUGCUGUGAGUGAUUGGUGGAGUUAGUUUACCCACCAUUCACUGGAGUGGGAUGCAGAGCAACAAAAAGAAAAAUAGGGCAGGGAUAACAAAUCACUUAAAUAGAUCUGAUUUUUAAUUAAUCCUUGUAUGCUUAAUAAUGUAGAAGCAGGAAAGCAUGAAGUUUAAUAGUGCUCACCAACUUUGUGUGAGUGGUAAUGGCACAUGGAGCAGGAAGGUCUAGGUCAAUUAAUUUUUGUGCUGAACUUGAUGCCAGAUACGCAUCCCAAGUUAGUGAAAUGUGACUGGGUGUUUAGCAACUGAUUGCAAUGUGGAAUCAAGAAUUCCCUGCAAUUGAAUGCUUGUCUAAUGCUCUCAGUGACUGCUCUCCCACAAGUUGAUAACUACUUGAGUGAAAUAUGGGAAGCAGUGGACAUAUGGAUCUGGGCCCUGGCAAACAGGCAACCUCUUCAAAUGAGGAUGGGGAGAAGGUCAGUGAUGGGGGAACUCUUAAAAAGGAAAAUGGGUCAAGUGGAUUUAUUUGUCCUACUGCCAUGCAAGAACAUUAUUUUGUCAAAAUACAGCUAUGGUUUUUUUUGUUCUCCACUCAAGGGCAAGUUUAACUUCAGUACUUGUAAAUAUAUAUCCAUCUAGUAGAUAUACAAUUUUAUUUUUAUUUCCACUUGAAGUUACAUUUCGUAUUCAAAGUUUACAAAAAUAAAGGUUUUUAUUUCAAUUUUUUUCAGUAUGAAAAUUGCCUUGAUGGCAUUUAUGAUGUAAUGCAUAACUUCACUGCUAAUUUUUGCUUGUAGACUAGUUGAUGUCAGUAUUAAAAUUAACACUAGUUGCCAUCUUGGAAUAGGUAUUGAACAAAUGUUCGCUAAGCAUGUAUUUUGUAUUGGUAAAAUUUAAACUGCAUUAUACACUACAAUUGGAAAAAGCCAAGGAAAUAACACAAGUCUGUAUUAUUUCUAGUUCAGAAAAAAACACAAACCGAGAAUGGCAAAAACAUACCAAUAGAGUUUAGUAUUUGCUAAUUUUACUACACAUCGUUUGUUAUGUAUAUGUAGGGAAGUGAUAGGGAUACAAAUUCAAUUUAUUGAGUAAAGUUUAAAACCAUAUAUUUUAUGAUAAAGGGCCUUUAACUUAAUGUGGCCAAAGCACUGAUAUAUAUUUGCUGUAAAGAGAAUUAUAAGAGUUUUAUUUUUCUGAUAUUAAAAGUUACUUAAUAAAGACUGUUUCCAUUAAAAUUG